AGAAACGCGGAAGCGUAAUGUUUCCUCCUGCUGGCGAUAGCUAAAGCUACGUUGGUGUCAUCGUCUUAUCGGUUUGGGGUUUGACAACAGAAACAACACCCUUAUUUCGUGUCCAGCCACGAAUACCUAUUUCCACUGGGGUCUCUGGAGAGAUGAACAACAACGGGAAUAAGAGAGCUCCAACUACAGCCACUCAGCGACUUAAGCAGGAUUACCUCAGGAUAAAGAAAGACCCUGUGCCUUACAUCUGUGCAGAACCUCUCCCCUCCAACAUCCUAGAAUGGCACUAUGUAGUCAGAGGUCCUGAGAAAACUCCAUAUGAAGGAGGAUAUUAUCAUGGAAAGCUCAUAUUUCCACGGGAGUUUCCUUUUAAACCACCAAGUAUCUAUAUGAUAACACCAAACGGGAGAUUUAAGUGUAACACAAGGUUAUGUUUGUCCAUCACAGACUUCCAUCCGGAUACAUGGAACCCUGCGUGGUCCGUGUCUACGAUCCUCACAGGUUUGCUCAGCUUCAUGGUGGAAAAAGGGCCGACCCUUGGCAGCAUUGAAACUUCUGACUACACAAAAAGACAGCUGUCAGCCCAAAGCCUGGCCUUCAACCUCAAAGACAAAGUGUUCUGCGAGCUGUUUCCUGAUGUAGUCGACGAGAUGAAGCAGAAGCAAAAGGCCCAGGAGGAAUUAAGCGCCCGUACUCAGCCCCUCCCCUUACCCGAUGUGGUGCCUGACGGCGACCCUCAACACGCCCACUAUGGCCUCCCAGCCCUGAACGGAGGUCCUGUCCCCCUGGGGCGAGCCAACCCCGCUCCAGGCCUGCAGCAGGCCAAUCGCAACCAUGGACUUCUAGGAGGGGCUCUAGCCAAUUUGUUUGUGAUCGUAGGCUUUGCGGCGUUUGCCUACACGGUCAAGUACGUGCUGAGGAGCAUAGCCCAGGAGUGAGAGGAGCCGGUGUGGUAGGGCAACGCUCUCCCCCCCACCCGGUGAGCCAGCUAGUGGACUCCACAUUCUACAAAUACACUACGUGGGGGAGGGAUGUUCAGUCCUGGGUUAAACCCCUCCACGACCACCACCACACCUACCACCACCAUGGACUUUGGAAGACAGAAACUCAAAGACCACCCACCCAGGAAGGACUGAGAGGAGGAGAAGGAGGAGGAGGAGGUGGGGUGGUGGACGGGAGUGGAUGUAGGGCUGGGGGAUUGGAGGGGUUUAUUAAAACGGUUGUGAUCCAAUCUUCAGUGCUUCAGUGAUUUAUAUCAGUCGUAGGAGCAAACUUGGCUCAUGGGUUGUGGAAAAGUGUAGAACUGUGGGCUGCAGAUAAGUCAGAGUUUGUUGCAUCAUAACAAUGGAGCUGUCACAUCAGAAAUGUACUUUCCUGAGAAAGCAACAUUGUUCUCCUGCAGUAACAAUAAUAUUACAAUGUUUCCAUGAGAGAGCUUCAGGUUUCAUAAUCUGCAACUGCCGGUCAACAAAACUGUUUAGUUUUCUAAUUUCACAGGUGGCACUACGUGCUGUGCGGGGGCAUGUGUAUGAACAUCUAGAAAGGGGAAAAGAUAUUUUUCCAGAUUAAAUGGAGCACAAGUUGAAGCUCAUAGGAAAGCGCUCUUAAAUCAACAAACAUUUCUGACAUGAUUGAUGACCUCUGUAACAUCUGGAAGCUCUUUGGUAAUCAGUGUCAAACAGGAAGCCGAUGUACAACAGCAAUACUAAGGUGCACACAAAAGUGAAGAUUAGUACACAACUACGUGGCACAAAUUCUGCCUCAUUUAAUUGUCAGUACUGCUUUAUCUCAUUGGUGGGGUCUAUUUUCUGCAUCAGUGCACGCAGCUGAUGAUGAUGCGCCAGUAAUCUGCCUACAACAGAGCACUGAUAGGUGUAUUAAUAUCUGUUUUUCUCUUUAUAUAGAAAUACAAAAAAAAACACAAAUUAGAUAUAUCAGUCUUUGAAACCGAUUCUGAUCCAGUCUGAUGUGAGUCCAGAUGUUCUCUCAAGUCAACUCAUGAGCCAAGCAAAGUCUGCACAGAAGUAAACAGAGACCAGUACCUUUUUUUAAAUUGGCUUCGCUGACCAGUAUAGCACCAGUCUAUAUGGGUCCAAAUAAGGAGACACAUGAAGAGAACCAACAUUUUGUUUCUGUGUAAUACAUUUUCUUUUUGAUAAUUUUUUUUUCUUUUGUGUUUUUUGUUCUCUUUAUUUAUAGAAACAGCCGGCUUGUCUGCCAUGGUUCUAAGGAAAAGUUGUUUGCUAGGCAGGGCAGUGCAGUAAAACCUGAGGACAGGCAGUGGCCCCGGCUCACAUAAUUGCAGAUAAUUUACUGUUGUGCAUUGCAUUUAGUAAAGUUGGUUCCACUGUGUAUCUAAUGUUUCAACAGAAAAAUGGUCUGAAAGCAGAAGAUUCUCCUGUCUAUUGCUCUUCUUUUCUUGGCACCAUCUCAAAAAAAAAAAAAAAAGACAAACUGAUGAUGAUGGGAGUGUGUUUCUGUGAUUAUACAGCAAAUGCCCAAAUCUCCAUGCUUCAGUUAAUCUUGUGUGACAUUGUAUGUUUUCAUAGUAAAUGCAAAUAAAUUACCCUGCUUGGCAGGGCAUUUAAUAAAA